AUGAGGCAGAAGAAGGAGAUGCGGGAUCUUGGCUACAACGCCACCGCCGUCCAGUCCGGCGUGUGGACAACGGCUUCCGAACGCUUGGCUGCAAACACGUUUCCAUGGUUCGUACGCCGCGUGCUAGCAAUUCAGAGCGAAGCCGACCAGUCUGGCGCCCCGGGGUCCACGAUGCUGCUGUAUGGGAAUGUGGUUUGCAGCCUUACGCCGUUCAGAACCAACAGUGCGGCCAACACUGGGCUUUUCGCAUUCAACCAGCCCUAUGAGGCAGGUCAGUCAAGCUCCGUGACGUCCCAUCCGAUCAACUCGGAUGGCUCUCGCGUUCUGCCAGGAGAGCUUGGCGAACAGGUCACUAUUGGCUUCGGAACAGGCGAAGUUACUGGAGAGUUUGCCAGAGACCGGGUGUGCUUCGGCGGAUCGAGCCAGAACAGCUCCGGAAAUGCCACGGAGACUCCCGAGACAGCCGUGGACUAUCGGCCGGUGUGCGUUGAGAUGAGCCUCAUCGUCGCGGUGGAGAUGUCUACCCAGCCCUUUAAGACCUUCCAGUUUGAUGGCAUCCUUGGUCUGGGACUCUCUGGCCUCACGAUGAACAGGAACUUCAGCGCUUUUGACAUGAUCGUGCAGUCUGGGAUGGCUGCGCAGCCCAUCUUCAGCGUCUUCCUCUCCGAUGGCGAGUUUGGCGAGCAGAGCGAGGUGGCCAUGGGUGGUGUGGACCCACGCCGCCUCGUGGAACCCAUCUCAUGGAGCGACGUCGCCAUGCGCGACCUGGGCUACUGGCAAGUACGCAUCCGCUCCGUGCGCAUCGGUGGAGAAGAGCUGGACAUCUGCUCGGACGGUACGUGCCGCGGUGUGGUUGACACUGGCACGUCCCAUCUGGGGAUCCCUGCACCCUGGGACAAGGAGGUGGAGAAGCGGCUGAAGCGCCAAGCUGGCGACCUUCUUGAUUGCCGAAAUGCGGAGGCUCCCGAGAUCGAAAUUGAGCUGCAGGAGGGCAAGGUCAUAACCUUGUACCCCUUCAACUACAUGCGCCGGCUGCCGCUGCGAGAGGGCGUCUCUGUGGGAUCUUCGAAAGGCGUUCAGCUGAAGCAGCCCGAGUCCCCAGCGACGGAGGCUGUGGUGCUUCUGCAAGGAGAUGGCAUUGGGGCGCCGUCGCCCCCGUCGCCGCCAUCUCCCGUCGGGAACAGCUCAGAGCAGCCCGUGGAGCGGCAUUGCAGCCCAAGGCUCAUGGCAGUAAAGCUGCCCGAGCCUCUGGGUCCGAAACUCUUCAUUCUCGGGGAGCCGGUGCUCCAUCGCUACUACACUGUCUAUGACUGGGAGGAGAAGAAGGUGGGUUUCGCUCUGGCCAACAGCCGACAGAACUCCCUGGAUCCCACCACGUUACGCGGUCAGAAGGGAGAAUUGCCCAAAGAGGUGGACAUGCUCCUCAUGCAGCAGCAGAUCAAGGUGACACGCGCCAAAGCCGUGGAGGGCGAUCUCGAGGAGGAGACCCUCUUCCUGCAGGUGCAUGUGCAGGUGACCCUGAAGCAGAUCUAA